AUGGGAUACUUUUGUGUGUUCAACAAGAAGGGCCUACUUGUUCAUGAGGAAGGAAACAGACCUGAUAACUUGAAUCAGAUGAUAAUUUCGCUGGAUAUUUCAAAGCUUGGUGGAUUCAGAAAAGUCAAAGAUCAUCUGAUGGAGUAUGAGAUAAAAGGCCCGACGGUGUAUCUGAGUGUUUCUAAGGAGCCAAGCCUUGAUGAAAGAAUUAAGGCAUAUCUGGGUGUUAGCAGUGAGAAGUCGAAUGCAGCCAACACUAAAUACCAAAAGAAGAUUGAUAGAGAAGUAAAGCGUGAGGAUGCAAGGAGAGAGGACGAGCUUGACUAUUCGGAAUCAUCAAGCAUCGUGGGAUCGUUUGUUGAUAGUUUCAAGAAAACAGCAAUUAAAAAGGCAUUUGGGCUAUUCAAGAAUCAGAUAAGAGUGGAUGAGCUGAAAGAUAAGAUGACAACACAUUUAAUAGGAAAGAACGUGAGUUAUCAAAUUACAAAUACAUUGGUUGAGAGUGUGAUGCUCGAGCUGAACGAAGACGGGCUAGAAUAUGUUUCUGAAGAGAUGUUUAGGAACAAGCUUGCAAGAGUUCUAGGCAAGUUGAUUCCGUCUGUCGACCAUGAAAGGAUGUUGAAUGGAAUAAAGAGCCACAAGGGAGUGUUUUCGAUAUGCUUUGUUGGGGUGAAUGGGGUUGGAAAAAGCACAUCGCUAGCAAAGAUAUGCUAUUGGUUACUGCAGAAUGAAUUGAAAGUUUAUAUUGCAGCAUGCGAUACAUUCAGAGCAGGUGCAAUUGAGCAGCUAAAAACACAUGUAGAGAGGUUUAGGAUAGGAGGGCAUUCAGUGGGGUUUUAUGAAAAAGGAUAUGGCAAGGAUGAUGCGUCUGUUGCAAGAUGUGCAAUACAAGAAGCUCAGCAUGAGGGAUAUGAUGUUAUAUUGAUUGACACAGCUGGUAGGAUGCAUAACAAGAAGAAUCUAAUGGUGUCAUUGACAAAGCUUAUGAGAAUUAACAAGCCGAACCAUAUUGUUUAUGUAGGUGAGGCAUUGGUUGGAUCUGAUAGUCUUGAUCAUGUGAAGGAGUUCAACAGGGCAGUUCAUGAUGCAGAUGAGUCUAUGGAAAUCAACAGUAUUUUGCUUACCAAGGUUGAUACGGUUGAUGACAAGAUUGGGCAAAUAUUGGAUAUGACCUUUACUUCGAACGCACCUGUUUUGUUUUUGGGAAUGGGGCAAUCGAAUGCCGAUUUAGCAAAGAUCAGUUCAGAUGAUAUUGUGAAUAGUCUUAUGUCAUAG